AUGGUGGUCCUUUACCUCGGUCCUGCGCAUGGGGCACCGCCAGUCAGACCGCCGUCGGAGGAGGAGGCCCCCGUGGCGCCUCCUACCUUUGUCUUGAUGUCCUUUACCAAACUGGCUUCCCCAAACGCUCAAAGUCCCGGGCCGGAGCCCCAGGGCCGUCCCGCCGCCCUGCCGCCGAGCAUCCGGGUCAACACGCCCGAACAGAUCCUGAUAGCCCACAGGAACCGGGAACAGAUUCUAUUGGGUCACUUGGGGGCCCCCGUAGAGGUUUCGAGUAAUGGGUCCGGGGGCUCCGGCGGUUCGGCUCCGGCGAGGGUUCCGGAGAUAACAAAGCCGACUCCGGUGGCGGCGCGAGGACACCAGCUGGCGAUACCGAGUCCGCUGUUCGCUUUGCCGACGUUGUCUUUCACGGCGGAACAGCCGAGUCCGCUGUUGGCUUUGCCAAUGUUGUCUUUCACGGCGGAACAGGUGAGUUCGGUUUGCGAGACUUUGGAGGAAUCAGGAGACAUCGAAAGGUUGGCCAGGUUUCUGUGGUCCAUUCCGAUUGCCCAUCCGAAUAUUUUGGAGUUGGACAGGUCGGAGGCCGUCUUAAGGGCCAGGGCCAUCGUGGCCUUUCACAGUGGACACUUUAGGGAGUUGUAUGCGAUUUUGGAAAGGCACAAAUUCACGAGGGACUCCCAUGGAAAACUGCAGGCUAUGUGGCUGGAGGCUCACUAUCAGGAAGCAGAGAAGUUAAGAGGUCGCCCUUUGGGUCCAGUCGAUAAAUACAGGGUCCGAAAAAAGUUUCCUCUUCCUCGGACUAUUUGGGAUGGCGAACAGAAGACACAUUGUUUCAAGGAGAGGACGAGGUGUCUUCUUAGAGAAUGGUACCUACAGGACCCCUACCCCAACCCCACAAAAAAACGAGAGCUGGCCCAGGCGACCGGUUUGACUCCGACCCAAGUUGGAAAUUGGUUCAAAAAUCGGAGGCAGAGGGACAGGGCGGCUGCUGCCAAAAAUAGGUAA